AUGUACUGUACUCUCGCUCUCAUAUCUCUCUAUCUUGCCGCUGUUCGCGCCAGCAGGUCGGCACAUCCAAGCCUGAGGUCCAUCCGGCUCUUCCCUGGUCCAAGUGCACCAAGUCCGGCGGCUGCGUCACCCAGUCUCAAGGCAAGGUCGUGCUCGACGCUAACUGGCGCUGGGUUCAUGGAACGUCCGGUUACACCAACUGCUACACCGGCCAGACCUGGGACAAGACACUCUGCCCCGACGGUGCAACAUGCGCUAAGAACUGCGCUUGAAGGCGCUGACUACCCCGGCACCUACGGUAUCACGACCUCUGGCGAUGCCCUGACCCUGAAGUUCGUGACACAAAGCGCAAACAAGAAUGUUGGGUCUCGUGUGUACCUCAUGGCGUCCGACGACACGAAGUAUGAGAUGUUCAAGCUGAAGAACCAGGAGUUCACUUUCGAUGUGGACGUGUCGAAGCUACCAUGCGGGCUGAACGGGGCGCUGUACUUUGUGGAGAUGGACGCUGACGGUGGCACUGCGAGGUUCCCGAACAACAAGGCGGGUGCGAAGUACGGAACUGGGUACUGCGACGCUCAAUGCGCUCGGGACAUCAAGUUCAUUAACGGCGAGGGUAACGUCGUAGACUGGACUGGCUCGACGACCGACCCCAACUCCGGCAAGGGCAAGUACGGCUCAUGCUGUAACGAGAUGGACAUCUGGGAGGCCAACUCGAUUGCCAACGCAUACACCCCUCACCCUUGCACUCCUACCGGCCAGGCUCGCUGCGACAGCACGACCUCUCAGUGCGCCGACUACUGCGACCAGCCGGGAUGCGACUGGAACCCGUUCCGCAUGGGUGACAAGAAUUUGUACGGACCGGGCAAGGUUGUAGACACCAACAAGAAGAUCACUGUCGUGACUCAGUUCAUCACUAAUGACAACACCGCCAACGGCAAGCUCGUGGAGAUUCGGCGUCUGUACGUGCAGAAUGGGCAGGUGACCCAGAACACCAAGUCGACUAUCUCUGGCCUUACCCAAUACGACUCGAUCACUGACCAAUUCUGCGCUGCGCAAAAGACGGUGUUCCAGGAUACGAACGCAUACGCACAACACGGCGGCAUGGCUACGAUGGACAAGUCGUUCCAGAACGGACACGUACUGGUGAUGUCGCUGUGGGACGACCACGCGGCGCACAUGCUCUGGCUUGACAGCAACUACCCUCUUGACCGACCAGCGACGCAAGUUGGUGUUCCUCGCGGUACGUGCGCGACGACAUCUGGAGACCCGAAGGAUGUAGAGGCUCAGUCGCCUAACGCAUCUGUGACGUUCUCGAACAUCAAGUUUGGUGACAUUGGCACGACCUACGGCACAGGCUCUACUCCAACCAACCCUGCCCCUCCCACCACCACCACCACCACUGCGUCCAAUCCUUCGCCGACCAGCCCAAGCGGCUCUGCUCCUCUUUACGGGCAGUGCGGUGGCGAGGGCUGGACUGGCCCCACUACCUGCGCAUCCGACUCGUCUGUAGCUGACUGCAUGAGCCCCGAGUCUCAAGGCCGUACUCUUCCCUACAAGGAGCUGGACAGCUCCAACUGGCUCCCUGUAAUCAACGAAUUUCAAGUUCUGAUUGAAAGUGACGAAAGCGUCUAUCACGGUUUCACGGAAAUGUUUCAGCAAGCGCGUGAUCUACCUGGGGUAUCAAGUGCGAGAGAUUACAAAGAAAUGUUACAGGGCAUUAACUAUGCUAUUCAACGGGCUCCCCGAUAUGAAAGAGGGCUGGGGGAGUAUGCUGCCUUUGGCAUAUACUGUAUACUGGAUAAAGUUAUGUGCACCCCUGCUGGACUCGCUACUCUCGCCAAUCCCCUGGUAAAUCUUCAAUUCAGCAAGAUAUUUGAUGUCUGGGCCGAUUUCCUUUCCUCGCCUAUGUCCCGGUUGGUUCUUACUGAUGACACAGGCGGAUGGUUUGGCCCUAUGGCUCUUGAAGAUAUGCCAAACUUCUUCGAAACCUACUUGUGUGACCCAAAUGCUCCUUACUGUGGAUUUCAAUCUUGGGAUGACUAUUUUACUCGACAACUUCGUCCCGGAGCACGUCCUGUCGAAUGCCUGGAGGACAAUGGGGUAAUCAAUAGUGCAUGUGAAUCAACGGUGUACUGUAUUUCCAAUAACGUCAAGGAACGUGACAGCUUUUGGCUCAAAGGGCAGCCAUAUUCCCUUCGUGACAUGUUUCACGACGAUCCCUUCACCAAUUUAUUCGUAGGAGGAACUAUAAUACAGUGCUACCUGCGUGCAUUUGACUACCAUCGAUGGCACAGUCCAACCAAUGGCCGCGUUAUCAAGACGAGGAUGAUACCUGGAGUUUAUUUUUCGCAAUCGCCUCAAGUCACAAAUGGCUCACGGAUUGACCCUAUCACAUCACAACAGUUCCUUACCGCCGUCUCAACCAGAGUUUUAGUAUUUAUCGAGUCGGACAAUCGCCACAUCGGGCUAAUGUGUUUCAUGGCUGUGGGGAUGGCCGAAAUCUCUACCUGUGAUUUGCAAGUGAAGCCGGGGGAUAGGGUAACAAAAGGUCAGGACAUAGGGAUGUUUCAUUUUGGAGGGUCGACUUGUUGUAUGCUCUUCCGUCCAAGCGUCAGGAUUGACUUUGAUUGUAUUGUUGGCGAUUCAAUCACUGUAAAUUCCAUUAUUGGAAUGAUUUCCAUCUGA